CUUUACCUUUUAAUUAAUCCUGGAUUGUUUUAUUGAUGAUUCUUAUGUUUCAUUUUCACCUUCUUUCAAAACCCCUUUUCUCUCUUCUUCUUCUUCGCAUUUAAUCGUCUUUGUUAAUGAUGGGAGAAAUGAUGGUACCGCCAUGGCUUGAAUCACUGUUAUCGACUGCAUUCUUCACCAUCUGCCCCAGACACCGAGACACACCGCGAAACGAAUGUAAUAUGUAUUGUCUUGAUUGCAUGGACGACGCCUUUUGCUUUUAUUGCCGGUCCUCAAGGCACAAAGAUCAUCAUGUAAUUCAGAUCAGACGGUCAUCAUAUCAUGAUGUUGUAAGAGUUGCGGAAAUUCAAAAGGUAUUGGAUAUAAGUGGAGUGCAAACAUAUGUGAUCAACAGUGCUAGAGUUCUUUUCCUAAAUGAGAGACCCCAACCAAAGAUUAGUAGUAGCAGCAGCAGCAGCAAAGGGGUUUCUUAUUUGUGUGAAAUUUGUAGCAGGAGCCUUUUGGAUCCCUUUCGUUUCUGUUCUUUGGGUUGCAAGCUUGUAGGAAUAAGGAAAAAGGGGGACACGAGCUUUGUGGUUGGAAGCAACAAGAAGAAUGAGGAAGAAGCAAUGAAACAAAGAAGAGAAGGAAUUACGGCGACAAGAUUGGCAUCAAAACAAGAAGGAGAUGAUGAAGAAUUGCGUGAAAGAAGCCCACAAGAAAUGUAUACAUCUUCGGCAUCCACGCCUCCUCAUUUUAAUUCCAGGAGAAGAAAAGGCAUCCCUCAUAGGGCUCCUUUCGCUUCCUAGUCAAACCUCUACUCACCCUUAACACAAGGCAACUCUUGAGCCUCGUUUACCUAAUUAAUUAUUAUAUUUACUUACCCUUCUUAUCACGUCACUUGUGUAGAUUCAAUUCCUACAUAUAUGUGUAUUUAUUUAAUAAUCAUUUUAUUUUAUACCUUAUAACUUUCUAUUUAUUGGUAUAAAUUUUAAAUUUUAGUGCUA